CUGGAGGAAAGUGCUGCCUGGCUCUGCGCACACUCCACACACACACCCCACACCCUCCAUGCUUCUCCUUCUCAGGCUCUGACCCCUCCCUGGCUUCAUAGCACUGCCAGGACCCACUCCCAUGGCCAGCCUGGCAAAACCCAGCGCUGGGGAAGCCGAGGAGGAGGAAGGAGAGGAGGAGGGGGGCUCCGUGGGGCCCCCGAGGGCAGCGCUGAUGCUGGAGCAGGCUCAGGAGCUGUUUCUGCUGUGUGACAAGGAGGCCAAGGGCUUUAUCACCCGACACGACCUGCAGGGCCUGCAGAGUGACCUGCCCCUCACGCCGGAGCAGCUGGAGGCCGUGUUCGAGAGUCUGGACCAGGCCCGCACUGGCUUCCUCACCCCUCGGGAGUUCUGCCUCGGCCUGGCCAAGUUUGUGGGCGUGGAGUCUUCCCAGGGCAUGCUGCCCAGGGCGGCAGAGGAGACCUUUGAGUCGGGCUGGCCAGAUGCUCAGGGCCCCAGGAGCUCCCUGGAAGAGGAGGAAGAGGACAAGGAGCGUUUCUGCACUGCGCUGGAGCAGCUGGGGGUGGCCCGGGUCCUGGGCGAGCAUACGGCAGUACGUACGCUCUGGACGCUGCUGCAGCGCGAGCGACCCGAGCUGCUGGGCUGCUUCGAGGAAGUUCUGAUGGGCGCGUCGACCUGCCUGGAGGAGACGGCCCGGGAGCGGGACGGCUUGGAGCAGGCGCUGCGGCGGCGGGAGAGCGAGCAUGAGAGGGAAGUGAGGUGCCUGUACGAGGAGAUGGAGCAGGAGCUCGGCGAGCAGCGCCGCCGCCUACGCACUCAGGUGGGUCCGCAAGCCCGGCUAGCCCUGGCUACACCUUCCCCGAGUUGGCCACGCCCCCGAGGUCGCCACCUCCGCCCUCCAGGCUACCCCCAGCCCAGUAAGACCCUUCCGGGCCCUACCCACUUUUCUCUACCUGGCGACGCCCCCUGCACUGCCCUGGCUCCACCCGGGCUCCUGCCCCUCGGCUCAGGUGCCCCCCGCCCGUCGCAGGACCUCCCCCAGCAGGAGCGAAGAGGCUGCCUGGAGCAGGAGCUGCAGAGCCGCGAGCAGGAGCUGGAGCGUGCGGUCCUACGGCAGCGGGAGCUGGAGCAGGAACUGCAGACCCGGACCGCAGAGCAGCUGGAGGCGCAGGCGCAGAACUCCCAACUGUGGUUGGCCAAUGAGGCGCUGCGGACGCAACUGGAGCGGGCGCAGGAGCAGCUCCGCAGGCUGGAGGGCGACGCGCGGAGUCGCCAGGAGCACACGCGACGAGAUGUGGUCGCGGUCGCGAGGAACAUGCAGAAGGAGAAGCUCAGCCUCCUGCGGCAGCUGGAACUUCUCAGGGAGCUGAACAGCCGGCUGCGCGACGAGAGGGACGCCUGUGAGGCCAAGCAGCUGGGCAGUGGCCGGAGAAAGGCCCUGGCCUCAGCCCGCCUGCCGGGGCCUGCUGGCUGCUGUUGCUGCUGCAGCUGGGCUCGCCCGGCCCGCCGAGGCUCUGGCCACCUCUCCAGUGCCUGCUGACUGGUCCUAGUGACUCACUGGGCGUUACCUGGAGUGGCUGCCCUCAGUGGGGACUUGUCAGGGCUGGGGGGCUGUCCAUCCAGGAAAUGGGCUCCACCUGGUGCACUGCCCCACCUGCCUGACUACAGACAUGAAGGAACUAACCGAGGUGGUGUGUGUACUCCCGUCCUCGGCUUGUCCCCAUUCCGUCAGCCCCAACAGAGAAAUUCUCCUCCACCCAAUAAAACCUGGUGACCUGCAUCUUGUCCUCCUUGGCCUUCUGUGUGUCUGAGAGCCACAGGGUAUGCAUGGCAUCUGGGUGACAUCUCCAUGGUACACAUAUGGCACACACACGUCAUGUGCCUGGUCCAUGCAUUGCACAGGCCCACACUGCAAACCCUGUCUGCUCCUUCAGUACCAGGGCUGAGGUCCUUGUUUGUGUCUGUGUGUGCCCUCUACGUGUCCCUGGUCAUGCCCAAGUCCUCACCGCCCAUGAAAGCAGAAGCCCCCGGGACCCUCUGUAUGGACGAGGGGACUGAGGCUCAGCAGUGGCUCCCCGUUGUCUCUGGAGAGGACACCAGGGUAGGGUUUCCUGCCAGCUCCCAGCCUCAGUCUACCCACAAAGCCGGGUUGGGGGCUGCUGCUCACUUCCCCCUGGAGUACGGCAGUCCUGAAAGGAGCCUCCUGGGGCCGGCCUAGACCCACGACCCUCUGCCCCCCUUCCCUGACUGCUCCCUGGGGCAAGUCCUACCCACUGCCCAACGAGAGCCUCUCCAACCGAGUGUGAAGACCCAGACCUGGCCUGGGGUUGGGGGGAGCUUUGCGGGUCAGAGCCCCCUCCCCACUUCCACUCUCAACCACUUUGUCCAGCUGGUCACUAGGACCUGUGAUUUCUCCCUCAGCCCUUGGCACCACUCCCAGGCCCCCACGGCGCCCCAGGCCCCCAUGGCGUCCAGACCGGGGUCUCUC